UUUAUUUUUUAGUCCCGCCUUUGCUUCCAACUGGAAUGGAUUUUACUGCUCUUGAUUGGCGUGUUAACUUAUCUUUGGUUUCUCCGAGAGAGCUGGGUUAUGAGUACACAAAUCCGUUUACUGGUUUUCGCAUGUUUCGUUAUGUUUUGCCUGGUGCACCAAACUUUACAGUUGAGACCUUUGCAAUUACUCGUUUUGGCUCUUUUCGUAAACGUCCAGAACAUGAAAAGAAAUUUGUUGAUGCAAUUAAGAACUUUGUUAAUUCUGGAAAUGUUAAGGGGGGAGGAGGGAUUACAACAAUUGAAAGUAAUUCUGCAACUACAACAACAUCAACAUCUGCUGCUAAAAAUUGUGGAAUUUGGAGUUCUAGUAAUGAAGGUCUUCUUUGGAUGA